UUGAAAUUCUGUCUAUAAACAAUACAUAAAAUAAUAAAUUGUAUUCGAAAUAUAAUAUAAAACAUUAUUGUUUGAAAACUAAAAGGUGCUGCAUUUAGAUGACACUAGGACGCAAAUAUCAGAAUUGUUCCGGGAAUGCUGGGGAUACUCGUAAGGUCUAUGCUAGCCAGUCGAAGUCGGGUUCUCUUUCGGGGUGCUCCUCUUCAAUAUCCUUGUGCGACAUGAUCGAGCCACCGGAUUACGAGGAGGUGUGCGAGCGGUUGAUGGGGGAGAAGGAUCCGCUCGCAUACCCAGCUAAUGAUAUCGAACUGGUCACCGUGCCUCGCAAGAUACGGACACUGAAACAUGUCCUACCUGAUGAAGACUUGACGAAAGCGCCUAUGUUCGUACGCGACUGCAUACGAUGUUAUACAUCGGACUAUACUGUCGUUGAGUACAAGUACCGUAUGUACUCUGGCUCGUCGGGCGGCCGCGAGCGGCUCGCUGAGCGGCUGGAGCGCUUGCUGACAGCGCCGCCGCAUUACUAUGAAGUGGACGCGGAGCCAUGUGCAGCGCUUGAUGAUUUAGCGGUGCAGCAACAGUUUGAGUCUCAGCCAUCAAGUGGCCGUCAGUCGGUCGCUUCAAUAACUUCGUCGCUGUCAUGCAAUGAGACGCUGACGCCACGCGGCUCCUGGGCCAGUCUCGACCUGCAGAGCUCCUCCUCGGAUCCUCUCAUACCUGAUCUCUUCGAGAAGAAACCUCCGGAGCAAAUGGAUGCUAUUAACGAAGCUAGAAGACUGGAGAACCGGCAGGCAGACCUGCUGGGUCUAUACAGCCCGUUCCUGGACGAGGAGGAGGCGGUGGAGCGGCGGCUGGCGGCGGAGAUGCCCUGCGAGCUCACCGGCCACAGGAUACUGGUCGUCUGUCAUCAGCUCAAAUUGGAAUUAGACGUAGAACCUCUAUUUGCGUCAAUGGCGUUAUUCGAUGCGAAAGAAAAGAGGAAACUAUCAGAAAACUUCUAUUUCAACUUAAACUCCGAGAGCACACGUCAGAUGUUGUCUGGGCACGUGGCGCACGCGGACGUGUCCACUCUGAGCCGGAGCGCCAUCUUUGACAUCAUCAACCCAUCGCCUGAUAUAUUCCUCGUCGUUAGAGUCGAGAAAGUUCUACAAGGAGAUGUCAAUGAAUGCGUUGAACCUUAUAUUAAGGACGAUAAGAACCGUGAGAAAGUGCGUGCGGGUGCGCAAGCUGCGUGUAACCGAUUAGGCAAGUACCGCAUGCCGCUGUGCUGGAGCGCGGUGUCUCUCAUCAACAUCCUCAGCGGCUCCAACAGCCUUGAAAGAGAUGCUGAGAAGGAUGCCAUCACUAAUACUGCCAAUCCAAAUACCAACAGUCUGGAUCGCAAGGCGUCGUCCAGCAGUUUAGAGCAGCUGCGGCGGCGCGCGGGCGAAGUGGGGGGCUCACUCACACGCAAGGGCUCCAUAGAGCGGCGCGCGCUGCCCGCACACCAGGCAGACGAGCUGGUCGCACACCUCGAUACCUUUAAACCCAUCGUCAUCACCGUCACCAGCUUCUUUAAACAGGAAACUGAUAAACUUCGUGAUGAAGAUCUGUAUAAGUUCCUCGCGGAGAUAAAAAGACCGAGUUCAGCUCCGAAGAAAUUGAAAUGCAUUCCCGGUACUUUGAAGAUAGAAGUGUCACCUUGUCCGGAGGAAAUUAAAAAUGGAUUGACACCAGAAUUGGCAAAACUGAAUCCUUAUGGAGACGAAGGCGUACGUCCUUGCAAGGAGGUGUUGCCAUUCCCACCGCAAGGUGCGCCGGCGCCGCACUUACAGUACCGCAAUCUACUCUACUUGUGGGUGCGGGACCUCAAUCUUAAUGCGUACACCUCGCGUGCUGGAUCCGCUAGGAACAUCACCGUUCGUAUCCAACUGAUGUCCGGCGAGGAGCAGGCGUCAGCGCUGCCCGCCAUCUUCGGCCGCAGCUCCUGUCCGGAGUUCAGUACGGAGGCCUACACCACUGUGCUAUAUCACAAUAAGAACCCAUCUCUAUACGACGAGAUAAAGCUGAAACUACCGGCGGACUUAGGAGACCAGCACCACCUGCUGUUCACGUUCCUGCACGUUUCCUGCCAGAGGAAGCCGGUGCCGCCCGAGCAGGAGAAGAGUGUAGAAACACCUGUCGGAUACUCGUGGCUCCCGCUAUGCCGCAACGGCAAGCUGACGUGCGGCGAGUUCAGCCUGCCGGUGAUGCAGGAGGAGCCGCCGCCCAACUACAGCUACAUCUUCCCCGACGUGCUGCUGCCCGGCACGCGCUGGAUUGACAACCACAAACCCAUAUUUACCAUAUCACUGGACGCGCACACCACUGUACAUCCAUUGGACGGGUAUAUAGAGAGGUUCGCGAUGGCGUGCGAGGCGGUGCAAGAGGGUAACAUCCCUCCGAGGAUCGGCCUCGCCAACAUGGAGGCUGAACUGCGCACCAGUAUAUCGGAGCUGAAGCAGGCGAACGUGGAGGUGAUGGCGCGCUACCUGUGCGUGGUGUGCGACAAGCUGCUGCAGCUGCUGGCGGCGCCGCCCGCGCUGGCCGGCCACACGCUCAACAUCGCGCAGGACGUCUUCACCUGCCUCGCGCAGAUAUUUACCGAUAUCACCAACAUGAACGAGGGCGCGUCGUGUGAUGCUCACGGACGCAGCAGCCUCAUCACCUGCUACGUGCAGUACCAGUGCACCAUCCCGAGACCCUCGCUCGCUGACGCUGACAUCGGUCUGCCUCUGCCGCCCUCCGUUAUGAGCGACGGGUCCUGCAAGAUCCUGCACGAGGAGCUGGCGCUGCAGUGGGUGGUAGCCAGCGGCGCCACCAGGGACCUUGCCAUGCACAACUCAUGGGGUCUGUUCGAGCUGAUGAUAAAAUCGAUGGUGGAGUAUUUAUACUGGAGCGGAGCGCACGAGGCGCCGCGCAAGGCGCGCUUCCCCGACCAGUUCACUGACGACCUCACCACGCUCGUCAACAACGUCACCGCGGAGAUCAUAUCCAGCUACGGCAGCAACAGCCGUCUGACGCAGAGCCUCAACAACAGCCUGGCGUUCUUCCUCUUCGACUUGCUGAGUGUGAUGGACCGCGGCUACGUGCUGGCGCUGGUCCGCGGGUACCACAAGCAGAUGUCCGCAAAGAUCGCCUCGUUACCAGAUGCUGUGCCCCUGGUGCACUACAAGUUGUCGUUCCUGCGCAUCAUCUGCUCGCACGAGCACUACGUGUCGCUGUGCCUGCCGGCUGAGGGCGAGCUGGAGGCGGAGGGCCCGCCGGGGGGCGGCGGGGGCGGCGGCGCCUCCCCGCGCUCCGGCUCCACCUCGCAGCCGCCGCCGCUGGCGCUCAGCACCGACUUCCGCUCCCGGCACUACCUGGCGGGGCUGCUGCUGGCCGACCUCACCUCGGCGUUGGAACUGCAGAGCCCGGUGCUGCAGCAGGCGGCGGUGAGCGGCGUGCUAGCGCUGCUGACGGCGCACGACGCGGACCCGCGGCUGCAGCCGGCGGCGCUGAAGGCGCGCGUGGCCAGCCUCUACCUGCCCUUGCUCGGGAUACUCAUGGACGUACAGCCGUUGCUGCAUCGAGGUUUCACCACGGGGAAAGAAUCACUUCAACUAGAUGGUGAAUUAAGUCAGUUCGGCAAUUUUUACACAACAUCUUCACCGGAGGAUUUCAAGCAGAAAGGGCGCGCGGCGCUGAACAGCGAGACGAGCCGCAGCCUGCUGAUGUGCCUGGCGUGGGUGGUGAAGUGCACGUCGCGCGCCGCGCUGGCCGCCUGCGCCGCCGCGCUGCCCGCGCCGCGCCUGCACCAGCUGCUGGCGCUGCUCGACCUCUGCUUCAGCUGCCACCAGUACAAGGGUCGCAAAGAAAUACUGAAAUGUGCACAACAAAAUGUUCGUAAGACGACAGAUAUAAAAGCGAAGUUAGAAGACGUUAUAUUGGGACAAGGAUCCGCUCGGAAUGACUUUAUUAUGCGCCGUAAAGGUGGCUCAUCAGGGCGAGGGUGCGGGGGGCGUGGCCGCGAGCGCUGGCGCAAGGAGUGGGUGCGGGGAGGGGCGCGCUCCCGCCCCGCCUCCCCCGCACGCCCCCACCCCGCGCUGGCCGCCGCGCUCGCCGCAGAGCUCGCCCUCGCGCUGCUGCACGCACUGGAGACCAUCGUGCAGUCCGUGAGUGGUGUGGAGUGGGGCCAGGCGGCGUGCAGCGCGGCGCUGGGCGUGCUGCUGCGCGCGCUGCAGCGGGACCAGAGCGCGCCCGUGCUGCAGCACAUGUUCGCUUCCGUGCGCGCGCUCAUACUCAAGUUGGGGUGGUCGUGCUGCGGCGAGGAGUCGGGCAUCUGCCGCGUACUGCUGCGGCACUGCGCCGCGCUGGCGGCCGGCACGCGCGCGCACGCCUCCGCCACGCUGUACGCGCUCAUGCGCCAGCACUACCAGCUCGGCAAUAACUUCAGUCGCGUCAAGAUGCAAGUAACCAUGUCAUUAUCCUCCCUGGUGGGGACUUCCACCACAUUCAGCGAGGAGGCGCUUCGACGUGCCCUUAAAACUGUGCUCGUGUACGCAGAGCGCGAUGUCGAACUACAAGACACGUCUUUCCCUGAACAGGUAAAAGACUUGGUGUUCAACCUGCACAUGAUACUAAGCGACACAGUGAAGAUGAAGGAGUUCCAGCAGGACCCGGAGAUGCUGCUGGACUUGAUGCACCGCAUCGCGCGCGGCUACCAGCACAGCCCCGACCUGCGGCUCACCUGGCUCAACAAUAUGGCGCAGAAACAUAUGGAGAGGUCGAACCACCUGGAGGCGGGCAUGUGCCUGGUGCAGGGCGCGGCGCUGGCGGCGGAGCAGCUGGCGGCGGGCGGGCGCGGCGCGGCGCUGCUGCAGCGCGUCACGCACAACGCGCUCGACGAGAGCUGCGCCGACGUGCUGCACCACCACCUCACGCACCAGGAGCUGCAGGCGCUGCUGGAGCACGCGGCCAGCGAGCUGAUGUCGGCGGGCAUGUACGAGGCGGUCAACGAGGUGUACAAGGUGCUCAUUCCCAUCGCAGAGGAGCAGCGCGACUACAAGAAGCUCGCCAACAUACACGGUAAACUGAACGAGGCGUUCCUGCGCAUCGAGCAGCUGUCGGGCAAGCGCGUGUUCGGCUCCUACUUCCGCGUCUCCUUCUUCGGCGCGCGCUUCGGCGACCUGCACGCCGAGGAGUUCAUCUACAAGGAGCACGCGCUCACCAAGCUGCCCGAGAUCUUCAGCAGGCUGGAGAACUUCUACGGGUCCCGUUUCGGUGUGGACAACGUGGUAAUAAUAAAGGACUCCAACACGGUUGACCCCGCCACGCUGGAGCCCGACAAGGCCUACAUCCAGAUCACCUACGUGGAGCCCUACUUCGAGCCGCACGAGCUGCGCAAACGCGUCACGCACUACGAGCGCAACUAUAACAUCAAACGGUUCAUGUACGCGACGCCGUUCACGGUGUGCGGGCGAGCGCACGGCGCGCUGGCCGAGCAGUGCAAGCGCAAGACCAUCCUCACCACCGCGCACCACUUCCCCUACGUCAAGACACGCAUACAGGUUGUACAACGGACUCAAAUCAUUCUCUCGCCAAUCGAAGUCGCCAUUGAAGAUAUACAAAAGAAGAUCGCGGAGCUGGCGGCGGCGACGUGCCAGGAGCCUGCUGACCCCAAGAUGCUGCAGAUGGUGGUGCAGGGCUGCAUCGGCACCACCGUCAACCAGGGGCCGCUGGAACUCGCACAGGUGUUCCUGGCGCCGGUGGCGGAGGGCCGGCAGCCCCCCACGCGCCUCACCAACAAGCUGCGUCUCGCAUUCAAAGAUUUCUCCAAAAAAUGUGCGGACGCGCUGCGCAAGAACAAGAACCUGAUCGGCAGCGACCAGCGCGAGUACCAGCGCGAGCUGGAGCGCAACUUCCAGCGCUUCACGGAGCGCCUGGCGCCGCUCGCCGCGCACACGCCCGGACACGUCGCCAUGCUCAGCAACGGCCUGAACAAGCACGAUUAUAAAUAUCAAGCUUAAAUCAUCGGAUUGAAGGAAAACUUGACUUCAAGAAAACUAUAUUUGUAAUGAGAUGUAGUAUAUUUUUUAUAAUAUUGUCAUUUAGAAAUUGUAACAAGAAUGUAGCAUCAAUAUUAUUGAAUUCGAUUUCUACGUAUCGAUUUCGUUAUUUCAUAGUUUUUUAGGAAAAUAAAAAUUUUACUUAUGCAUUUAUUACUGUGAAUCUUUUCUACUUGUAUUUUAGAAUUAAGCUUUAUUUUAUUUCUCUAAUAUAGUUAGGUUCUGUCCCGCCACUGGCUGAUAGAGGCUCAGAUAGCUUAAAAAUGACGUCACUGUCAGAUAAGGGAACAAAAUCCGAUUUUCCA